AUGCUCCCUUUAUUGUUUAGCUCACGGUAUGGUACGCAAGGGUUGCAGUUAGGAUUAAAACGUGCUAAAACGUUAUAUACUCCUGUGAUCAAUGUAAGAUGGAGAGUGCACCCUUCCUUCGGUCAAAGCAGAUCUUUCUCUCAAUGUAAACUUCUUUGGCAAGAGGAGCCUAAGAGUGAUAGGCCUACAUUGAAAGAUCGUGUCAAAGAGUUGAGACUAUCUCCUAAUGAUUCCAAAGCUUCCGGCUGGCAAGAUAUAAAGAGACUAUUUCUACUUGCCAAACCGGAAACGAAGAGCAUGCUAGUGGCAUUACUUUUAAUUAUUGUAUCAAGUGCAGUGAGUAUGGCAGUUCCAAGCGUCAUUGGUAAACUAAUGGAUAUAGCGAAAGAUGAACAUGAACAAACAGGUGAAGAAAAAGAAGAAACAAAAAUAUUUGGUCUAAGUUCCAAUCAGUUUUAUGCAGCCUUAGGCGGUAUCUUUGUCAUAGGUGCAUUGGCCAACGUUGGAAGAAUAGUAAUAUUGAAAGUAACAGGUGAGAGACUAGUAGCUAGACUUAGAACUCGAACCAUGAAAGCUGCUUUGCAGCAAGAUGCUACAUUCUUAGAUCAUAACCGUGUCGGUGACUUAAUAUCCAGACUUUCCAGCGAUGCCGGUAUUGUAUCUAAGUCUGUGACUCAGAAUUUAUCUGAUGGUACGAGAGCCGUGAUACAAGGUUUUGUAGGCUUUGGUAUGAUGAGUUAUAUAUCAUGGAAGUUAACCUGCGUUAUGAUGCUUCUCGCUCCUCCAUUGGGUGUGAUGGCUCUCGUUUACGGUAAGAGAAUUAGAAAUCUAUCAAGGCAGUUGCAAACAUCCGUUGGUGAGUUAACCAAAGUGUCGGAGGAACAACUCUCCGCUACUAAAACAAUCCAAGCAUACUGUGGUGAGAAGAAAGAGAUUCAUCGUUACGCCGAUGAAGUCAGGAGAGUUUUUGAUGUUGGGUUCAAGGAAGCCUUGACUUCCGGCGCCUUCUUCGGUGUAACUGGUUUCGUCGGAAACGUAGCGCUCUUGGCGCUCUUGUUGACAGGUACUUCUAUGAUAAAGACUGGAUUGAUGACCGUAGGGGAUUUAUCAUCAUUUAUGAUGUAUGCAGUUUACACUGGUAGCUCGUUAUUCGGAUUAUCAUCAUUUUAUUCUGAAUUGAUGAAGGGAGCCGGUGCUGCCGCCCGUGUCUUCGAAUUAAAUGAUAGAAAACCCUUGAUACAUCCAACGAUUGGUAAGGAUCCAAUAACAUUGGAGAAUAAGCCUAUUCAGUUCAACCACGUCAAAUUUUCUUACCCAACUAGGCCUGAGCACCAGAUUUUCCAAGAUCUAACGUUUACAAUCAAUCCGGGGGAACAUGUUUGCAUCGUUGGUCCUUCUGGUGGUGGUAAGUCUACUGUUGCCUCGCUUCUUUUAAGAUACUACGAUGUCAAUUCUGGUGAGAUUAAAAUCGGUAAUGAUAACAUCAAAACAUUCAACCUGAGAAAGUACCGUAGAUUAUUAGGCGUUGUGCAACAAGAACCAAUGCUCUUUAGCGGCACCAUUCUGGAAAAUAUCUUGUAUGCUGUUCCAAAGGAACUAACCAAAAACGAAACUCUUAUUGGUAGAGCCAUUGGUCAGGCUAACUGCACCAAGUUCUUGUCCAAUUUCCCUGAUGGAUUGCAGACUACCGUCGGACCAAGAGGAACCCAAUUAUCUGGUGGCCAAAAACAGAGAAUUGCAUUAGCAAGAGCCUUCCUACUGGAUCCAAGCAUAUUAAUCCUCGAUGAGGCAACAAGUGCACUAGAUUCUCAAAGUGAAGAAGUGGUCGCUCAGUCGCUACUCUUGAGAUCACUCAAGGGCAAAACUACAAUUUCGAUCGCUCAUAGAGUAAGCACUAUCCAGCAUAGUUCUCGUGUUAUUGUUCUAAAUAAACAAGGUACAGUGGCAGAAACGGGUCCAUUUGAUAAACUAAUAGCAAUCCCAGACUCGAACUUGAACAAGUUACUCUCAAAAGAGCAGGACACAGAAGAAGACGAACCGUCAGAUUCAGAACCGGCAAAGGAAAAACAAUGA